AUUUUUGGACGACAUUCAUCUGAUAUACAAUAUUGAAUGGUCACACUCAUAGACUGCAACUAGCUUACAUUAGAGUCCAUAAAAGUAAACCAAGUGAACAUUUUAAUUGACCACGUUUCGUUUUUUUAACUUUGAAUCCCGGAAGUAAUCUAACGUUACGACCCAGCGUUAUGUGAAUAUGGGGUGACUUUAUAAACGUUAUCACGUCAGGUUUGACAGGUUUUGUGAUGCAUUGUAUAACUCAUCGUCGACCGUUUUGGAAAGUAAAAGAUAUUCACUUUAAUUUGCAUGAACACAAGCAACGAACAGGGCGCAACUUUUACUGAAGUCGAGUUGUUAUUGUUGUCGAUGGAAAUCUUAUCAAUGGUUGGGCUUCGUCUGUCCCUAAAGCAAAGAUAUUGUCUCCUGCUGUGUGUUGCUGUCGGAGCGAUCCUUGCUUAUCGGUUUACAAGGAAUCGACCUGAGGUAGUAAGAAUGAAGCGUGCGGAGGGUCUGAGGGCCAACUCGUCUCAGUUCACUCUGGAGGGAAAACCCUUCCACAUCCUGGGGGGCUCCAUCCAUUACUUCCGUGUCCCCAGAGCCUACUGGGAGGACCGGCUGCUGAAGAUGAAGGCCUGUGGCCUCAAUACUCUGACAACGUAUGUGCCAUGGAAUAUGCACGAGCCUGAGCGAGGGGUGUUCAACUUUGAGGAUCAGUUGGAUUUGGAAGCUUACCUCCGUCUUGCAGCCAGCUUGGGCCUCUGGGUGAUUCUGCGUCCAGGGCCGUACAUCUGUGCAGAGUGGGAUUUAGGUGGCCUACCCAGUUGGCUACUACGAGAUAAAAACAUGAAACUGAGAACAACCUACCCAGGAUUCACUGAUGCCGUUAACUCCUUCUUUAAUCAUCUCAUUGACAAAGUUGUUCCACAUCAGUACUCCAAGGGUGGCCCAAUUAUCGCAGUUCAAGUGGAGAAUGAGUAUGGCUCCUAUGCCAAAGAUGACGAAUACAUGCCUUUCAUCAAGGAGUCGUUGUUGUCAAGAGGCAUCUCAGAGCUGCUGCUGACCUCAGACAACAAGGAAGGACUAAAGCUUGGAGGAGUGAAAGGAGCACUAGAAACCAUCAAUUUCCAGAAGUUUAACCCAAAGGACAUCAAGUAUCUGGAUGAGAUACAACCUCACAAGCCGAAGAUGGUGAUGGAGUACUGGUCUGGCUGGUUCGAUCUUUGGGGGGACCUUCAUCAUGUCUACCCAGCUGAGGACAUGUUAUCUGUGGUCACAGAGAUCCUUAAACUGAACAUGUCCAUCAACCUCUACAUGUUCCACGGUGGGACAAAUUUUGGCUUCAUGAGCGGAGCGUUUGCCGUUGGAAUGCCGGCACCUAAAGCUAUGGUGACAAAUUAUGAUUAUGAUGCUCCAUUAUCCGAGGCGGGGGAUUACACCACCAAGUACCAUCUUCUGAGGAAUGUAUUCAGCCAGUACCACGCCCAGCCUCUCACCGUGCUGCCUCCUCAUCAGGACAGGAGAGCGUACCAGCCUGUUUCCAUCCAGCAGCACCUGUCUUUGUGGGUCAGUCUGCAAUUCACUGACAAGGCCUUUAAGUCAGAGAGGCCGGUGAGCAUGGAGAACCUCCCUGUCAACAACAACAACGGCCAGUCUUACGGCUACACGCUGUACGAGACCACCAUCACCAGCGAAGGGACCCUCAACUCCAAGAACAACAUCAGAGACAGAGCCCUGGUUUAUGUGGACAAACAUUUUGUUGGUGUUCUGGAUUAUAAGACGCAAGAACUUGCAGUCCCUUACGGAAAGGGAAAAAGAACUCUAAGUUUACUCGUGGAGAACUGUGGAAGAGUGAAUUAUGGGAAAACCCUGGAUGAGCAGCGCAAAGGUCUUGUUGGAGAUAUCGAGUUGAACAAGAACCCCCUCCGUGACUUUGUUAUCCAUAGUCUGGAUAUGAAGCCUGGCUUUGUAAACAGACUUCAGGGUACUGGCCAUUGGAUUUCUUUGCGUCGGCAGCGGCCCUCCUUCCCGGGGUUUUUCCAGGCAAAACUCUACGUGAACAGUUCUCCUAAAGACACCUUCAUCAAACUCCCUGGCUGGGGCAAAGGUGUAGUGUUUAUUAACGGCAGGAAUCUGGGACGCUACUGGUCCAUCGGUCCUCAGCAGACUCUCUAUGUCCCGGGGCCCUGGCUCCACAGGGGGAACAACCAGGUCACUGUGUUUGAAGAGCAGGAAACAGAUGGCAGGAUUCAGUUCUCCAGCAGCCCGGACUAUGGCAUGUCAGUUGAUGUCCAGUGAGGACAGAAGGUGAGAGGGCAGUGUGGAUGAGGAGAGGAGGAUGCUGGGAGAGUAGCUGGGAAACCGAGGCAACGGCUCAGGCAAUUACAGCGAGCUUCGUCUGCUCAGGCACUGAUGGCGUGUCGCGACCAGCAGAUCUGAAAAGUGACACGGAGCAGUGAGGAUGACUUUUGGUUUCCCAUCGGAAGAAUUCAACAAUGCAGUGAUCCAGACUUCGGGAGUUUCUCAAAGUGCUUUUUACAAAUGAGAGGAUCCUUCAUAUUGAACCAUGGACUGAAUAUUUUCUUCACAUGAUUCUAAAAAGAUACAUGUGCAUAUCCUCCACGCUCCUAAAAGACCCACAAGCCUACACACACAAUGCAUUUCCUGUCCCCUGUUUUGGAGUAAAAGAGGAUAAAUCACCUUUUUUAAUUUAAUGCGAGAAAUGGGUAUUCCAGUUGUUUAAUCUUAACUCAUAUUAGACCUGCACACUUGGUGAGUUAAGAAGUUAAUUUAAACAUAACAGAGGAGUUGGUAAUAUUGGAAGAAAAAAAAAUCAAGGGUGGUUUUGAUUAGUUCUACUUUGUUUUUGUCGUGUUCGAAGGAAGUAUAUUAUAUAACGAUCAGCAAGUAAUUGCAGCAAUUGGAGUCUGGUGGCUUUGAAGAGAGCAUAAUGGCUGUUUCUUAUUACAUUUCACUUGGAGAAUGAAGGGUUUAUUUAGACUGAACCAGAGUUGGUGAUAAUUGCAACAACUUGAAUUUUAUUUUGUGUCAGUCAAGUUUAAAAUGUGUGUGUGAUGAUCAGGUACAAUUAUGGUUUCUGUCAAAGGAUACUUAUGGCUUUAAGAAGAGCAUAUUAAUUGUUUGUUUUGUAAGUUAAUAACUUAUAAUACUUGCCAAAACCGUGUUGAUUUUAUAACUUGUUGUCAAUGAAGCCUUGCACUUUUGAAUCUGUUUAUAUUGUAAAAAACAACCUGAUUUGUUGAGAAACACCCAACAGUUUUCAUUUAAUGACUGUAUUUAUGCCAAGGGAUGUAUAAUUAUUUCUAUCACGGUAUUAUUAUUUCUCCAAUGUCAUUAACGUUCAUUGAAAUACUUUAUUUUUGGAGACUGUUGUUGAUAACAGUGAAAAUCUCCUCCUCCAACACACUUAAUUUAUAAAUUCCAGGCUGUGUAAUAAUGGUGAAUAAAUGCAGUUCGACCUCUGUAUCAGAAGCCAA